AUGUCUCCUCCCAAUGCUCCCAAUCCAACCAUCCACCGAACCUCUGACCCGCUCUCCACUGCCUCUCACCUCACCCGUCGCGAGCUUCUCUGCCGUCGUCUUCGCAACACCAAACGCCUUAUCAAACACUACAGACGUAUGUAUUGGGCUCUCAUCGGACAAGUCAGGAUCAAACAUAGACAAUAUGUUGCUGAGACUGGUCGUAGCCCUUUCGAGGAUGAACCUGAUGUCGUAGUUGACAAUUACACUAACAUUUGUGCUUUUGAUGGCUGUUUUUCCAAGCCUAUGCCUUGUACUCAAUUUUGCUUUCCGCAUAUUCUCUCUGAUCCCAAACAAGUGCUUUAUAAGCCUUGUACUUUCGUUAUCGCAACGUCAGCGGAUGGACCUGUAGAAUGUCAGAAACCUAUAUUGAGUUCCACGACUCCGUCGUACUGCACUGUUCACAUGAGAAUGGCGGAGAUGCAUCUGGCUAUGGCAUUGAACAAGGCGGGGCUGAAUAUCUCCCCCACUGACAAAGUGGGUCCUAAUUUUCAUGAAUUGGUGCCUGAAUUUGUUCGUCAAAUUCAGGCAAAAAGAAGAGCAAUGAGGGGAAAGGGACGUGAAAUUGUUGUUGAGAAGGUGGAUGAUGCAGAGGACUGCGAAUCUUCGGUUAAGAAGGAGGAGGAUGUUGAGAAAAGUAAAACUAAGGUGGAGAAGGAAGAUGAUAUGGCGGAGGGGUGA